CGGCGACAUCGCACAGGCAGGAGGAUGUGAAACGAGCUGCUAGUAUUUCAUCUUGGCAUGACUAGACUGCUCAGUGCUCAUGCGCUUCACUUCAGUGAUUCACCACCUCGGCUCGCGCACGGGCCCGCGGGGAUGCUGCUUCUGGUGAGACUCCUGAAGAAGACUCGGACCUGCGCUCAGAUGCCCCGAUUUGCUGCAGAAGAGGCAAGGGCCGCGUGGUUGACGGUUUGUGGAAAAUUGUAGACUACGUAAUCAGAAUACCUGGCGGUCGUCAAUUCAGGCUGGGCGAGUGACAUUGGUACGGGGACAUGUGUUCUUAUAUCUUUACGUAAUAGUAUCCUUGCGCUAUUGUGAACGGAGUUGUGGUUACGGCGCGGAGCUCCGUGUUGUUUGAAGCUGCCGGAUUAUUUUGCACGGGAUUCUUCAUCGAUUGUCCUCUCUCGAGCAUUCUGUUUGUUGUCCUUGAAGAGGAAGCUAGACCUCUAUGACAAGGUGUCGUAAUACAAACAGACUUGUCUUGUGUGGGUGACGGGUGGAUUUAUUUUCGUAUAGAUGCUGAUUAUGUUUUAAUCUGAUCUGAGUGAAGCCAUGUCCGGGGUUCCGCCAGCGGCGCGCGGUGCAAUAUCAAACCCAUAAUACAGGAAGGUCUGGUCCUUCAGAAAAAUCACGCCGACCGACUGCUAGCAUGCUGUCCCCGCCUGAACACUCUCCGUCUCCAUGCCCGAGGAGGGUGCAUGCUCCGUGGGCCUUGUACCUCUUCCUUUCCCUGGUCCUCCUCUGGUCCCCCAGCGGAGCGGCCACCUCAGCACUCAACUGCCACAAGACCUGUAUCUGUGCCAGCAACAUAGUGAGCUGCUCCAAGAUGAACCUGAGCAUGGUCCCCACGGGCCUGCCACUGUACACGGCCGUGCUGGACCUCAGCUACAACGACAUCGCCCGCCUCAAGGCCGACUGGACGCCGGUGAAACUUGCAAAGCUCCACAACCUGCUGCUCAGCCACAACGGCCUCCACUUCCUGUCCUCCGAGGCCUUCAUCUACGUGAAACAGCUCCGCUAUUUGGACCUGUCCUCCAACCAGCUGAAGCAACUGGACGAGUUCAUCUUCGAGCCGCUGGGGCAGCUGGAGGUGCUGUUGCUGUACAACAACCGCAUCUCUCAGAUCGACCGCUCUGCGUUCCAUGGUCUCCACAGUCUGCAGAAGCUCUACCUGUCCCAGAACAUGAUCUCUCGCUUCCCCCUGGAACUGGUCAGAGACAGGACCCGUCUGGAGAAACUCAGUCUGAUGGACGUCUCCUCCAACAGAAUCAAGGUCCCCCCCAUUGAAGAGAUCCAGGCGCUGCCUGCCUGGAUCAAGAAUGGCCUCUACUUCCACAACAACCCGCUGAUCUGUGACUGCACACUUUACAGUCUCCUGGCCCACUGGCACAUCCGCCGGCUCAACUCAGCGUUGGACUUCAAAGACGAAUACACGUGCUAUCUCCCCGGGCCCCAGAAAGCCACUGUGGGCGUCUUUGACCUGAACGAGGAGUACAUGAACUGUAGCACGUUCUACGAGGAAGACGAGGAAGCUUGGCUGGAGCAGAACCUGAUCCUGCGCUGCGACACGAGGCACAGGGACAUGUCGAAGACGUGGGUGACGCCUGGUAACUCGGUGGUAACGGAGGGGGGCAACCAGACGGCCAAGCUGCUUCCUGAUGGUAGUCUGCUGAUCAGUCGCGUUAAGCCGGAGGACUCUGGGACGUACACGUGCUUCGCCGUGAGCGAGGCCUUGAACGAGACGCUCUACGUCCUGGUGAAGGUGCACAACUUCACGGAGAACGGGGGCGGGGAGACGCUGAACACAGCCUACACCACGCUGGUGGGGUGCCUGGCCAGCGUCAUCCUGGUACUCAUCUACCUGUACCUGACGCCCUGCCGCUGCUUCUGCUGCCCCAGGAAGAACCAGGACGCCGACUCCAUCCACUCCUCCAUGCUCAGCGCCGCACCCAGCCAAGAGGACCUGAGCGACAAGAUGGACCCGAGGCACGUGGCCUUCAUCAGCCCCAAGGAGCUCGGCGAGCGUCAGAACGGGAAGGUGAACCCUGGGGUCCGGGGCGAGAUGAUUGAGGAGGCCAGGCCACCCGGCAAGGGAAGAAGAAAGAAGUCUGUGGCUGAGUCGGUCAGUUCUGUCUUCUCCGACACGCCCAUAGUGGUCUGAGGCGGUGCGGACUGGAGUUCUGGUAGAACGCUGUCACGUGAUUGGAUGGAGGGAUGGAUGUAAGUGGUGUGUUUGGUCGAAACUGCUGUCUGGAGUUUGGAACUCUUUACAGAAAGCCAAUGACAGUUCACCAAACGGACCGGGGUUCUUAAGGGGAGUUCUAACCCAAUUGCCUUUGUGUCGACGAGGAUAAUAGACAGGACCUUUUCCAGCAUUUGAUCUGUAGCACUUAAAUAUACAUCCAUACUGUGAAAGCCAGACAGGAAGUGGAAGAGGACACCAUUCCUUCAUCACAAAACACUGGUUGUGUGUGAGUAUCGUGUUGGACCGCAACAGCACUCAGGAAGACAAUGAUUCAUGUUGGGCUGCCAUUUCAAAUAUAAAAAAAAUAAAUUUACGUACAUGAAUUAGAGAUGAAGAAGUCUGCACAACACAUGACAUAACCAAGCCAUGAGCAUGAGCCUUGCUAGUUAGCACAUGAAACAUACAUAGAGUUAAUGAGUACGCAUUUCUCCCUGGCGUGGUUACAUUAAAUAUGGCCGACAUUUCGCAUAGCAUUGACUUGAAUGGGAACGUCCGUGAUUAUAGUGUUUAUAUUUCUAUGCAUAUACAGUAUCCUAGCCGCUGGCGUUGCCGAGGUGCAAGCUGUCCUUACGGGAAAUGUAAAAUGCGGUAUAUACGCAUGUACAGCCGAUCGUGGCGUAGGUUAACCUCACAGCUGAUGUCUGACUGUGACUACCACAUAGGAAAACACAAUAUAAAAUAAUUAUACAAAAAUUGUUAUUAUAGAGACCAAGCACGGGCCCCCCAUCCACCGCAAGCCCUGGCGCCGCCACACCCCCUGCACCCGAUAUUUACGCCAGUGACCCUAGCCCCCCACCAGCUCGGUUCCAGACUGGUUACACCAGAGCCAUAUAUGGUGGGACUGGGCCCUGCUGGUGUAUGUACUCUCUAUCAUGCUAGGUAGCAGCACCAGGUCAUGAAUAUUCAUGACGAGUGAGUCACCCGGAAUGUUAUAAACAGACGUCACCACGGCGACCAGAUAGCCGACAGAGUGUGCAUUGAGUGGGAACCAGGGGGGUGGAACUCCGCGAUCCUUCAAGAUGACUGUGCUGUCGGUCAGACAUUUAUUUAGUCAUGAGGAGGAGGAGCUCACAGGAAUUUGGGCCAGAUAUACCGGUCAGGAUGAUCACCACGGGAAAUGGGAAUGGUGAAUAAUUAACAGGCAUUUUUAUUUUGAUGGGGCAGAUAGAUGUUUGCCGUGCUGGGAAAGUGUGUUUAUUGUACAGCCGAAAACAUCCCUUGGGAAGCGGGCAAACAGGGUAACUGCCAGAAGAAACACUGAGAAGCGCAGAGAAAAGCAGCUGCUUCAAGACGUUGAAUAAACGUCCCCGUCAUUCCUAGGGUGAUGUAGUGUACUAGAAGGCUGGCAGGCCCAGGUGAACGUCAUUCUGACUACCACGGAGUGUUUUUGAAAGAGAGCUGUUUUACGGGGCUCAUUUGUCAGGAGCUUCAGAGACACCGACUGCUCAACUCGCCGAUGUUUCAGAACAAGCCACGGCUGCUUCAGUCAACAGGUCCAAUUGAAGUCUGUAAGAUGGAGGAGGUGUGCUGCAUCUCGCCCACUAGAGGGCUCGUAGAAUGAAUGAAAAGGCGCACUGCAGCUGUUCCGGCACUAAAUUGUGGAGUUACUUGGAUUGGUGUUUCAUCCAGACACUGUAACAUCGAAUUAUAUGACUCGCUUGAAGCUGUACAGGCCAUGUGUCGCGUUGCUCUCUCAGCACACUACGUUGAGAUUACAUUUAUUCCCGUAAAUUACCUGUAAUUCGACCACAACGCAGUGUCGUCCCCUACACUGUGUCCCACGCCCCGCGUUUGGUUCCCUGGCAGACAGUACCCCCGGUCAUUAGGACAGCUCGUCACACCAUCGCCCAUCUCUACCAGCUUGUCAUGUCGGGUAGGCAGCAAGCGUUUGGAAACCUGUUUCAACUUUGUUUUGCGACCCUGUACCUCACUGGACAGUACCUGGUUCUGGGGAACAGGAGUGGCUCGGUACUGUGGAGCCGCCUGACCCAAUUACACACCUAAUUCGCUGAGUCCGGAAUUAAUCAGGUUUUCCAGCAUACGUUCACCACUGUCCGUGUCUUGGUGAAAACAAAACACAGUGAUUAUAUUAUCAUGAGCGUUUUCGUGGCAACCACAAGAAGGCAACCGAUGUUUGAACGCUAAUUACAUCUUUAAAUUAUGGCUUUUCUCCACUGUCUGUGUGCGUGUCUGUGUGCGCAUGCAGCCCGUAGUCCCAGAUUGUUUCGCUUUACUACAGACCUUCUUUUAGCCCGUCACACUGACAGUCAUGAUCUGUUUGGCUGUUAGUGUGGGGAACGGGUCGUUACUCUGCUCUUUUAUUAGAUUGGGAAGCGGUCACUGACUCCCAGGAGAGCGGUGCGGUCACUGACUCCCAGGAGAGCGGUGCGGUCACUGACUCCCAGGAGAGCGGUGCGGUCACUGACUCCCAGGAGAGCGGUGCGUGUCAUGCUCUCUAAAUGUGGUGUGAUGUGUCUGAUCCAGGCAAGCCACAUUUGUUUUCCUGCUCCGUGUUUGGGCUCGAUCGGGCAGCAGAGCACUGCGUGUCACUGUUGGGGUGAUUCGUUCUUGUCUGGUUUGAUCUCUGGGCAGAUUCUGAGUUUACAUAGGGAGUUGCUAACUUUGGCAGUUCUUCAACUUCAGAAACAGAAUGUUUCUAGGGCUGAUUUUCAAAUGCUAAGAAAGAACCAGUCUUUACCUUCAUGAACCAAAUAUAUACAUGGGUAAAUGUGUCCAAACUUUGGACUGGUACUAUAUACAUAAAAUGAAUAUUAAGGGUGGAAAAAGCAGCAUUGGGGCCCUGAAAAAAAUGAAUUGCCAGCUUAGGGUGUCCAAGUCUGCCCCUGGGAAUUAGAGUUGCUGUUUGUCCCUGGUUUGUUUGUGUGGGAGACGGAGACAUGAGGCAGGCCUUGCUGUGAAUCACUCUUCUUCCUCUCACAGGGACAGAACAGCAGGUACCCCCAGGGCGUAAGUUCCUUUACGGGAGAGGGGCUGUGAGCCAAAAUGGCACCCCAGUCCCUAUGUAUCGCACUGCUUUCAACCAGGUGAAAAGUGAUGAUCUGGUUAUGGAACGGGGUGCGACAAGGAACAGCGCUAACGGAACGGGAAGAUCACAGGAUCUCUCACUUGAUCGAUUUUAACAGACAUUUUAUUAAAGUGAAUAUUGGCCAGUUUCAUUCAUGUCCAGUCUAGUCUUUUUAGCAUUUUUAGCAGGUUGGAUUUAGAACCGUUCUGGCAAAGACGGAACAAUGUUCCGCGUUCGUCCACAUCUCGUGUCGUAUGCAUGGGCUCACUCCUACUUCAGCUACAUCACCACGUCCAUGCUAGACCACCGCUUAUAAUGAGUCCUUGGUCGUCUAGGUGAUGGUGACCUCACAUCAAGCCAGCAAAUGCCCUUCUGAGACACGCGCAGGGUUCUUCACUCUGAUGUAACACGAGUACCAAAUGUGUUGUAGAACACAAUGGCCGAUUGGAAUGGAACACAAUACAGUUCCGGAAUUGGAAUCUACAGAACAGACAUUCCCAUUCAAUUCAGGGAUGGCACAGUGGUUGGACCAAACAGUUAACCAGUUAAAUCGCUAGGGUUUGAGCUUCCAGGACCUUUCUACAGAUUAUACUGUUUUAUUUGGUACUAAAUGACUCUGUCAUAAUGGGUUGUCGUGGCUGGAGAGAAGGAAAAUAAUGUUAAAAGCAAAAAGCCAUGGUGGUUUCCUGUUCCCAAUAAAAUACAUGAAUCUCUCUACUAAGUUUGAAGGGAAAAAAAUGCUAUCUGUUGAAUAUUGUUGAGUUGUGUAUUGCUAUGUUUUGCUUGUGUACCAAUUAACACAGUUGUUGUAUUAUGACCCAAUGUUGUUAUUGAUCUGUUUUGCACAGUGUCUGUGCCUGACUGUGUCGUUUCAGUGUGUUGUCCUCAGUCUUUAUAAACUCAGAUGUGUCAGUAUCACAAUACAGAGUUUUAUAUUGAAAGAUGAUGGUGUGUAUGGUUGCCUUUCCUCCUGGCGCCCCCAGAUGUUCCGAGAGAGCACAUGGAUUCCUCUGGUCAGCUCAAGUUCUGAAACAUCUGGGAAGAGGGGAUUGGUUUGAGAAUGAGGAGGCAUUAACGUCCGCUAUAGACUCUGAAGAGACUGGUAUACUGUAGACCAGUGUUUCCCAAUCCUGGUCUUGGGGACGUUUUUGUUUUUGCCCUAGUGCUCACACACCAGAUUCGAAUGUUGCCCUACCACCUACAGCACACACUUGAUUGAUGUAAUCAACCUAUCAUUAAGUCUUUAAUUUGAUUCAGGUGUGUGAAUAAUUGGGCAAAAACAAAAUGUGCACCCCUUUGGGUCCCUGAGACCACGAUUGGGAAACACUGCUGUAGACUAUAAGACCGCCAAUGUGGGAACAUGUCAUUGUAAAGCCAGUUUUUGCUAUUCUAUCGAUAAGGCUUGCUGUCAGCAUUGGUCGCCAAGGUCUUUCCUUCGAGACUGGCUUUUUCCGGUCACAAGGAGUUGUGAAUGAAAGUGAAGCCCCCCCCCCCCCCUCGCGUUUGCAAUUUCACACAAAGCCAUCAGAUAUAACAGUGGAAGUAACAGGCACAGCGUGUCGGCCUCCCUCGUUGGUGUCGCGGAGAAUGACUCAAACUAUUCAGGAGUCUCCGAGCAUCGCUGUUACUUCUGCAGCAGACGAAACGGCAGUUGAACAAAACACGGACCACAGCCAAAAGGAUACGUAUUUCACAUAGAAACUAUUUGCAGUUUCCCAGUGAUUUCACUAACAGCACAAAGGCCACAAUGUCAACUGUUCAACUGCUAUUUCACCAAAAUGGCAACAGAGAAACCUUUUUAAGGGAUUUUGCAGCCCAUUGUUAACAAAAUGGUUCGUAGCGUACCUACUGUAGUAGUAAUGAGCCUGGAUCUAUUACAGAGUUAUGCCACACAAACACAUGGAAAGUUGCUAAUUCCUAGAGCGACAUUUCAUGUUAUUCGCCAACCAAGAAAUGCUUGGAAGUAGGAAACUAAGAACUCCGUCUUAACCCAAGUGUGCAAGGUUUGACAUUUCUGCAUUUACCUUUUUACCUUUUCAAUGAAAAUAGGACAACUGGGUUUCUUUGUGUUAAUGAUGACCUAAUCAACACUGUAAAAUGUACCAAGUCUGACCAUAUUGUCAUAGUAAAUUAAGUUUGUCAACUUAACAUUAGCAUAGUAUAAAUAUUAGCAAUCUUAAGAAGCUAGCUAAAAUCUUAUCUGGUCAAGAAUUGUUGUGACUUAAACACAAUGUCAUCUCACCUCUCCAGUUCCCAGUGUUCUGUUUCUCGACCAUGUGAAGACACCCUCAGAAAGUUAUUGAAAUUAAAUAAACUUGAAGGGCUUUGCAAGGUUUGAGGAAGAGGUCCAGCGUAUGUGACUCUGACCACUGCAAGGAAGUGUAACCCAGAAGCAUAUGAUAUAAUGUAAAAAAAACAACAACUUUUAAAUUGAAUAAAAGG